AUGAGGUGCUGAGAAAAUCUGAAUAAUGAGAAUGAAUCCAAGUUCAUCAAAAUUACACGACACUCCGGUUACACAUGGCCUUCAUGUAUUUUCCCUUUUUUUGAUUUUUUACAAGUGUCAUUUAGAAUUGAAUUUCUAAACUUUUGGAAAGAUUUUAAUUCAUUUUUAAUUGAUACCAAAAAAGACUCUUAUAGGCCAUUCCGCGCUAGCUUGUCACGUUUUUCUUUCCGCCAAAAGGCCAGGUCAAGUUUGACCAACUUCACUUCAAGACCUUUGUUUCUUUCCGUUUAAAAUCAGAAAUUUGAUCUAAUUUGGUAUACGGUCUUUUUGGUGGAAAGAAAAACGUGACAAGCUGGCGCGGAAUAGGCUAUAUUACAUUUUUAAAAAGACAUGAAAUUCGUAUUUUUGUCGGACAUUGGUAACGCGAAACCGGACGUAUCAGGACAUUUCUAGUGACUAUUUUAGUUGCUUCAGCCCACUUAAGGGAUCCCUAGCAUCGCCCAGAAACGUCCCUUUCACGUUACCAAUGUCCGAGAAGAAACUUAUAAAUCGCACCAAUGAAAAGGGCUGAAAAUCGUGGAAAAAUGAUUUUUUAUAAACUUGGGGAAUUUUUCGUCUAGUCAAUCAAUCGGUCCUCUUUGAGUUUUCUUGUUUUUUGAAUUUUUUAUCUCAUUUCGAAGACCUUUCAACCUGAAAUUCCACGGAUUUUGAAAAUUAUUUGAAGCUUUGUACUUAAAGCGAAACUUCUCAACUCAAAAAAAUUAUUUUCAGCGUCUCACCAUGUACCCAUAAAUUCUGCGCCGGAUGCAUUUUGCAGUGGAAAAAGACGAGCCGAACCUGUCCCAAGGUAGAAAAAAAUUAUUUUAAUGGUAUUCAAUCAAAAGUUCAUAAUUUACCGAAAUGAAGCUCAUGAAACUCACAAUUUACGAAUUCAGAUAUUUUUUUUAUUCAAUUUGAUUUCAUAGUUCUCUAUCGAAAUAUAUGAUUAUUUCAGUCAAAAACUCGUACUUUUAUUAUUGAAAAUUCUCAAAUUUUUCGAACAAGAGGGAUCAGGGAAAAUUUACAAUUUUUUUCACCGAAAAUUUAAAAUUUUAACAUUAAAACUAAGUAAUUUCACUUCGAAAAUUGAUCAUUUUUCGCUUAAAAAGUCACAUUUUCCAGUGUCGUUGGCCCGAUUAUGGACAUCUGUCGCGAUUCUAGCUUCUCGUCGAUUAUCGAACAAUACUUGCAAAAAGUUUCCGGGUACAACAGAUUCAAUCAAUAAUAAUACUGAAGUUGAAAUUGUUUCCAGAGAAACGUAGAAAGGAGUCGGAAAUGGCUGAUUUGGACGGAAUGGAGUUGGAUUUCUUGAGCAAGAGUAAGCCGCCGAAAAAGGUUCGUUUGGGAAAAAUCGAGAAUGAUAUCAUGGAAAAAUUGUGUUUUUAUACAGCUAAUGAGGGAUUUUUUUUUUGGGUUCUUGAAAGAAGUUUGCAAGAAAAGCUACAUUAAAAACAAUUUUCAGUGGAUGCCCUAGAAAAUUUUCUUUUUUAAGCUUGAAAAAAAGUUGAGUUUUUUUAUUUUUUUCCAAGUUGAUUGGUUAACUCAAAGAUAUCAUUAUGACAAUUAGGAUAAAACAUUUUUAUAUUUUGAGCUUUGAAAAGUUGAAAUUUUUUCUUUCGAGUUGAAGGGUUAAAGUAAAAUACACUAGAGAGUGGCAUUUUGGUGGUUUGAAAAUUUAUGAUAUUUUCGAAAUUCGGCUCAAAAAUGGCAAGUUUUUAACCCCAAAAUGGAAGAGAAUUUUUUGUUAGAUAACUCUUAAAUCUCCUUUUUACACAAUCCGUACAAAAAAAAAACGAAAGUGUGAUUUUUAACUAUUUUCCUGAGACCUUGAACGUUUAGUAGAGUGAAUUUGAGACUUCAAAAGUUGAUUUUCCCAAUACUUUGUGAAUUUUGAAGGCUGGAAGUGUAGGAAUAGGACAUAAAUUCAUUUACGCCUUUGAAUUUACGCUGCGUAAACGUAACAUCACAUUUUCUAUUUUUCAACGAAAUUACAUGAUGGAAAGACAUUUUUGAACAAUUUGAGUGGAUACUAAUGAAUUUUCGACCAAAGUGACUUAAGAAGACUGAAUGAUGAUAAGAAGAUGAAGAUUUUCAAUCAAAAUCAAUUAUUAAUAAGAAAUUUUUUUAAGAGAAUUACUUAAUAACAGGAAAUUCCUCACCAAAAAAACACGAUACAUUUUUUUAACAAAAUGUUGAUAAGAAAUAAUUUUUCUCACACUCUCACACAGACGAAAGUUUCUACCCAAAAGACGUGAUAAAAAGAAUAUAUGAUCAAAAAAAAUAAGUCGACUUGAACUUUUUGCAGUCGUCAUCGAGCAGCACGACGGACCGCGGACUCCUCGGCGACGUCCAGGACGAGUUCGACGCAAUCGACCGCGAAGAUCGCCUGGUCAACGAGCGGCUCGACGCCGAAAUGGCAGAAGAACAUCGCGCGUUCAUGGAGAUUGAUGCGGGAACGCCGGCCCUGGGCCGGAUCACCCCGCGGGUCGUCCGCAUCAACCUAAGCGCCGGUGGAGACGACGACGACUUGCUCUCGCCCGAAGACGAGGACGAGACUUCCAGCAGCGGUCCGUUUCGUUAUUCUUCAUAGAAGCGCCUUCGGAGCUUUUCAUAGCCUUCCUUUGAAGUUGCAGAACAUUUUUUUGGAUUCAGCGACAUUUUUUUAUAGUAUACUGAGAAAGGAUUUAAGUGGCCACUUAAGAGACUGCUCAAGGAAUACUUGGAGAGGACACUAAAAUGGCCACUAACACCACCACCAUAGAAGAUACAAUUUUGAGUCGUAGUGGUCACUAUAGUAGUUAUCAUUUCAGUGGCUACUGAUCCGACUACUGUAGUCCCCACUGAAAAAAAGUCAAAACCCUAAAGUGGCCACUUAAAAAUUUUCUCGUAAAUCACUCAAAUAAAAUAUACUUGUUUGAUGUCAAAGGUACUAGAAAAAUUUCCAGUGGUCACUCUAGGGUCUUGAAGUUUCAGUGACCACUAUAGUAGCCGAAUUAGUGGCCAUUUUAGAGGUCUGACUGAUGUUACGGAAAAAAAAGCACUAGAAAAAAUUUUAGUGGUCACUUUAGGGUCUGGAAGUUCUAGAAGCCAUUUUAUUAGACGGAUCAGUAGCCAUUAAAGAACUAUUAUGGGGGCAUCCGUUCAACUGAGUUUUUUCCAAGAGCAGAAGAAAAAUAUUAAAAGAAAGGGAAUCUGUAAAAAAAAUAACUCCUUAACCUCGAGUUUCCCGUCGAAAAGCCGCGUCGCGUACGCAACGCUUCUAUUUUUCCAAUCUCGCCUUUAAAGUCGCAAAAGAUUAACUAUACCAGUAAUCUUAAAUAGUUCUUUUUGCAGGCUCGGAUUCUUCGAUCGACGAUCCAUUCCCGAUGCGUUACGACGAUGACUUUAGAAUCCGUGACAUGUGGCAGUAUCACGACGACCAGGACGACCAGCCCUUCGUUCGCCAUAAUCAAUUCAAAGCUGCCUUGAAAAAGUGAGGAGUAGUAUUGGACUUUUAAAGUUCUACUUGGUUAUGAGGUUGACAUGGGCUUUCAGCGGGUGUGCCCGAAUUGGACCCGGGAGAGCUGGUAGUAUUUUUUGAAUUUUCUAGCUCAGAUUUUUGAAAGGAACAAGGCUUAAUCACCUAUUUCUUCUUUCACCCGCUGUUCUCCCGUUUUAGCCCGCCUCAAAAAGCAUAUACGGGUACACCCUUUGAGACACCCUGCCAACAUGAGAGGAUGUAUAGUGAUAAAAGGAAUUUUCAAAACUUAGUCUUGAUAUUCAAAACCUUAAGAAAAGUAGAAGUUUAGUAACUUUGACAAAAAGAAGUAAUUCUCGAUCGUCUUUCAGUAUGACUGAAGUGCGCGAGAAACAGCGCCAGGGACGGAUCGACGUCCUGAAACAGGAAAAGUGCACCCGUGAAGGGAUCACUCUGGAGACUCUCAACGAGCGCGAGGCCGAGGCGGCUCGUCAGGCGCGAAUCAUCGCCGAUCAGCGCGACACCGUCGCCGCCAGUUCGUUUUUCCAUUACUUCUUUUGUUUAUUGAAGAUGAGAAAAAGGAAACGUAGACGGAAAUGGGCAGUGUACUUUGAUCUAAAUAGCUUAAAAUUACGCCUUCCUUGUUUUUUUUUUUUGGCGUAUAGUAGCAAGGCUCCCGGGUGGAUGCCCCGCGAUUUGAAGCGGUCCCGCCCGGGGCUACCCGCAAAUUCCAGAAUGAGUGAAAACUGAGAAAAAUGGUUAUUUUAACUAUGUGACCGAUUUGCGGAGCGGGACACCCCGGGUCGACCCGAAAAAUUCAGAAUGACGGAAAGUAGGUGAAAAUUUAAAGAAAUGAGCAUGAAAUUGCUCAUUUAUGACCGAUUCGCUGAGCGGGACACACCGGGUCGACCCGCCAUUUGAAGCGCCCGCCCCGGGGCGACCCGCAAGAUUUUUGAGCUAUUUGAUAUGACUCUACACCAGAAACGCAUAGAGCCAGAAAAACGUCAUUGAAAAAUAAAUCGGAACAAAUUUUCUACGCAAAAAACGUCGGAAAAGAAAAAUGGUCUUCUAGUGCCAUGGUUCCGGCACCCGGACACGCCGCUGCCGUCGCGCUGGGAGAACUAUCUCGAGAUGCUGCACAUCAACGGGCCGCGCAACGAGGGCGACGUCCGCAAUUUCCUGAGCGACAUGGAGAAUCGCCACUUCAAUCGACUCGCUGCCAACGGUUUGAACUUUUUGCAUUAUUGCCUUUAGAAUAUUAUUAUUUGUUUCCUGCAAGUAACGUCGAGUGAUUGCACUAGAGACGAGGGUUUUAAAGAAAAAUCAUAAUUUGAAACGCCAGAUUGCUCACUACACGGGUUAGGGAAUAUGUGUGAGAAAAUAGUGCUCCCUAGAUGGCUAAAAAUUCUAGUGGUCCCUAAAGGAGUUGGGAGUCUGACCUUUCUUAAAGAUUUUAAGUAUUUAAGUGGUACCCUAUAGUGGUCUUUUAAUUAUUUAUCUUAAUUUGAAAGUUGAAGAUACCUGUAGGGACCACUAGCAUGCUCGCAUAGAAUGAUACCUAAAUGGGUUAGGAAAUAAAAAAACCUUUUGUAAAGCCAUAGGAGUUGAACUCGACUCCAAAUUCGAUGAAUUAAUUUUGAACAUUUUCAGGUUUCCGCCGUGCAGCUUCUGCUCAUACGUCGCGACCACGAACGAGUGGGAUUUGUCAGUUUUUUCAAAAAAUGAUAUCACAGCUCAACUUGACCAAAACAAUAGAUGACGAAUAUAUGAAAGCUUUCCGAUCUCACUGAUAGUUCGCUAAUCGCCUCAAAGCUGAAGGAGCUCUAUUUUGAAGUCAUUUCAUCAUUUCAUUCAUUUUAAAAUAAAUAAAGUCUUUCCUGAAGGCGAUUAAACAUUAAUUUUCCUUGCAGUAAGACCAACUCAUCUUCUGGACAAUCCGCUGCGACGGAACAGAGGUCGGCAGAUGGCGACGCGUGGAUCUCGUCGCGCGAUCGGCAUUCGCAACGAGAACCAGCAACUCGCGGCUUCCCUCCGCGCCGCCACCGUCUUGCUCACUCAGGCUGAACCCAUGGUGAGAUUGAUCACGACUUUUUUCGGCUGGCACUUUGAAGAAAGACUUGGACAGAUCUUUUUUAAAAGGCUGUCAAUACAUCCUCCCGAAAAAAGGCAGUACUACCCCCUAAGAUUGGAAUUUAUCAUGCUUGUUGUCAACACCUCCCAUGUAGUCUAUAGUCGGUUCUCAGCGACUUGACACUUCUCGAGUGCCUGCGUCUCUCUUUUCCCUCACCGGAGAGGUCAGAGAAACAAGAAAAUAGCACGAAAACAUGGAAGGGUCCCCGAGAGACAAGAAGGGCGCAGAGAAAAAAAUUUCGAGUCUCCUAGUAGUCGUGAGAAAAUGCUUCAAAAACCCGCAUUUUACCACCCUGAUGGAAUGAAAAUCACCUUUUUUCAGGCUAUCCCGCCAACUCCGGCUCGUCGUGCUGGAAACCGUGGCGGUGGCAACCGCGGUGGAAACCGUGGCGGUGGCAACCGCGGUGGCAACCGCGGUGGAAACCGUGGUGGAAACCGUGGGGGAGACAACCGUGGCAGAGGCCGAGGCCGUGGAAGAAGAGGCCGUCAAGCCGGAACGUCGGCCGCCCCGGCCCAAGCUCCGCAGCCAGCUGAACCUGAAGAGCCGCAGCUGAACAACCGUGGAACCCAGACCCGUUCGGCCGCACGUGAAGCUCUCCGACGCCUUUCCAUCCGCUGA